UGCAAAAAAAGACUUUAGUAAUAAAAAAAUACAAAAGAAAGACAAAACCCUGCUAAUCACCUUCAAUUAAUUAACAUAACCAGAAAUUAAACUCCAACUCAAAGAAAUUAGACAUUCAGUAGAGGUUGACAAAAAUGGGAUUAAGGGUGGGAUCAUCAUGGAAGGAGAUGUUGAUGCCUUCUAUGGGAAUGGUGCUUGCAAUAUUAGCCAUAGUUACAACAAUGAUUGUCAGCAAAUUGGCUAUGUCUAAAGGCCUUAGCAGUUUCAUCAUUGUUGUCUACUCAAAUGCUGCUGCUACUCUCAUCCUUUUCCCUGCUUGCAUCUUCAUCUAUGUAGCCAGAUCAGGGAGCCGGCCAUUGACCUUCUCUGUGAUUUGGAGAAUCCUUCUACUUGCUUUAAACGGAUGCUUUGGCCAGAUAUGUGAUUACGUUGGUAUAAGUUAUAGCUCUCCAACACUUGCCACAGCCAUGCUCAAUCUUAUUCCAGGUUUUACUUUCAUCCUAGCCAUUACUUUCAGGAUGGAAGUGAUAAAUUGGAGAAGUUGGAGUAGCUAUGCCAAAGCCUUUGGCACUGCUGUUUCAAUAUCAGGAGCAUUUAUUUUAACAUUUUAUAGGGGCCCUCAAAUCAUUAACCAACACCUAACUUCUGCUUUCUCAUCUCAACAAAACUGGAUUCUUGGAGGAGUUAUACUUGCUUGUGAAUCUCUGUCUACUUCACUAUGGUACAUUAUUCAGGCUUCAAUUCUUAAGAUAUACCAAGAAGAAAUUAUGAUAGUGUGUUUGUACUGCUUCUUCGUGACCAUCAUAUCUGCAUUGAUAUCCCUAGUGGUGGAGAGAAAUCCAAGUGCUUGGACGCUAUAUCCAGACAUUCGUCUCAUCGCUAUACUCUAUUCGGGUAUAAUUGGUAUAGCAUUCAGGAGUUGCAUGACAACAUGGUGCCUCAAGAAGACAGAUCCUCUCUUUGUUUCGAUGUUCAAGCCUUUGGGCGUCGUUUUUGCUGUUGUCAUUGGUACCUUUUGCUUCAAAGACGUUUUCUACAUUGGAAGUUUGGUGGGAUCGGUAACCACAGUUGUUGGGUUUUAUGCUGUGAUGUGGGGAAAAGCACAGGAAAAAUACUGUGAGAGGAAGAACUCAGAAACACUUGGCGAAAAUGUCGCUCUACUGCAAAAUGAGGCACAGCAAGUCUAAUAUUAUAUAAAGUAAUUGUUAUGUGAGUUUACUUUAAAUAAUCUGUGAUCCAUUUUUAACUUCUUUCGUUUUCUUUUUAUUAUCACGGUGACCGAGUUAGCUUUU